AUGCCUUCACAUACAACAGACACAAGGUUCAACAAUUACAGCGAAAUUGAACUGUUUAAUCAGAAGUAUCCCAUUGACAGUUGCACCAACAUAACUCCAAGAAUCACCAGCAAAUUAAACAAACAACUCCACAAUAAAAGAGGCCAUCCAUUAUUUCUAACGAGACAACGCAUACAAAAUUAUUUUUAUAACAAUUUUAUAAAAUCAUCUGGGAAUCCAUUGUUUGCUGUUUUUGAUAACAUCAGCCCCAUAGUAACACCAUAUCAAAACUUUGAUAGCUUGUUGUUUCCUCAUGACCACCCUGGGCGCUUGGCCACAGACACUUAUUACAUCAAUUCAAAACAUUUACUGAGAUCUCACAUAACAGCACACGAUGAGGAGCUGAUAAAAAUGGGUUUCAAUGCAUUCUUGAGCGUAGGUGAUGUUUUCAGGAGAGAUGAAAUUGAUUUCAGCCACUACCCAGCCUUCCACCAGCUUGAUGGCUUACGACUGUUUUCAGAACAAGAACUGUUCCAUGGAAUAAAAGAUCCAACUGGAUUAAAACUUUUUGAGAACGGCAAUCGAACAAACGACAAACAAGACAAGCACACGGUCGAUGCAUCAAAACUUGUUGAGUUUGAUUUGAAGCAUGUGCUGGUCGGCAUCACCCAGAAGUUGUUCGGCAAAGAUAUCAAAUACAGAUGGGUGGAUUGUUACUUCCCAUUCACGCAUCCUUCAUGGGAGUUAGAGAUAUUUUAUGAAAAUGAGUGGAUGGAGGUGUUGGGAUGUGGUGUUCUCGAACAAGCCAUUGCCAUCAACGCUGGAGCUGGAAACAAAGUAGGAUGGGCUUUUGGAAUAGGAUUGGAUCGUUUGGCAAUGAUACAGUACCACAUUCCCGACAUCAGGCUGCUGUGGAGUGAAGACAGGAGGUUUCUUGAUCAGUUCAAUGUUGAUAAUCCCGAAACAAAAAUUGUUUAUAAGCCUAUAAGCAAAUACAUGUGCAGGCAAACUGAUAUUUCGUUUUGGAUCACCGAUUCGUUUGUCUCAAGUGAUUUUUACGAUCUUGUGCGUUCUGUGGGCGGUGACAACAUCGAGAGAGUGGCACUUAUUGAUAUCUAUUCAGACGUCAAAACAGCUCGAACAAGCCACUGCUACACCAUAACUUUCCAACACAUGGAGCGUGUCAUUAGUGUGGAGGAGGUCAAGGAAAUACACAAUCAUAUUGCCUUGCUGGCUGAACAACAGCUUGGCGUUCAAAUCAGAUGA